AUGAGCGAGCAAAAAGCUAAGACAACAGUGGGAUUAACUCUUUCCGAGGUAUGUCACCUCAAACUCUCUAAAGCACCACAGAACAAGUUUACGAACCGAUUCUGUGAUGAGAUUUGCGUUGGAUCUGUCGAAGAGACCGAUAAAAGUGAACGACUUGAGAAAGCGAACAAGGCACUGGAGAAUCACAAAGAGGAAAUGAAGCCAAGAAGUGACAAAGGAAAGGCGUACAAAAAGUGGUGGAAAGAGGAUGAGGUCUGUAAUUUUUAUAAAGGUCUUAUGGCAUGUGGAGUGGACUUCUCUCUCUUGGAGGCGUACUUCAACUACACAAGAACAAGAACUCAACUUAAAAACAAGUACAAAGUCGAGGCAAAGAUUCGACCAGAUUUGAUCGAGAAAGUCACAAAUUUUAGAGGACAAAUCGACGAUGAGGAUUUUAAAAGAAUUAUGGGGUCGAUUGGGGCUAAUUCACUUUGA